GGUGGCUGGGGGUUCAGUCAUGCAAGGUCUGUUGGACCUCGUGUGUGAUCGAGGCCGUCUUUGGUGAUUAUGGGCCUGUGUGGUUGUGUUUGUGGGUGUGGGUAGUCUCAAUGAGUGCUGACCAUGCAUUGGCUCAGGCAAGACUCUCACAGAGUGACUUCUGUUAAAUGACCAUAUUCUCUUUUGUUCUUUGGUCUUUCUCACCCAACACAUCACUUUGUUGGUCAGUGACGGCUCCUUUUACCGAAAUAUUUCCUCACUUAAACGUUCUCAGCUGGUUCAGCCUCAUUGCCCUCCUCUCUGCCCGAACCGCCUUCAGCUCUCUCUAGCUCCAGCCGUUUGAGUGUGGUGCUCCCUGAUGGGCAUGCUCUUCCCGCAGGCGUCCACAGUGGGUUCCAUCCUCUGUUCAGGACUCAGCUAAAAGUCAUUUCCAGGAUGCCUUUUCUGGCCGUGGGAAGGAGCACCCUCCACCCACCCCUUCCUCUGUCACAUUUAAAAUUUCCCGUGAGCACUCUUUUAGUCUGACGUUACUUUAUUUACUUGUUUUCCAUCUUCGAAUGCAUUUCUUAGAGGACAGGGACCCUGUCUUGGGACCUUAAGUCGUCUCCCCCAUGUGUUCAGAACAGGGCCUGGUUGGGAGAGGCAUUCAGCAAACUGCUGCUCUCCUGGCCCGUAAACAAGACUGUGCGUGUGUGUGUGAGUGUGUGUGUACAUGAGAGUGCUGAAUGUACAUGUGCGUGUGAGGGCGGGGUGCAGGAGUAUGUCGGGAUCCUGAAGGAGGAAACGGGAGUUAGUAUGGUCGGCACAUUCCCUUUUCCAGAGGUGAGAGAAGAUGCGUGCAUCAACCCCAAAGGGGUCCAAGCUGGACAGAAGCUCCUGGGGCACGUGGGCCUUUGAUCUCAGGGACCCCAGGUUCGGAUGGCAACAGCUCUCUUUUUUCACUCAGGGCUUCCCAGACUGUUGAGACCCCUAACUGUGUCCGGGAGAGCUUCCUGGGCAUCUUGGAAAGAGGCAUUUCACCUUUGAAUGUUGCUCUCUGCUCUCCUAGAACCUUUUCUCAGAGAUUUGCCCUCCAGCCCUGCACUCUUCACACUGGACUAAACAGAGUCCAGUUUCCCUGGGGGGAUCUGACUUUUAUGUAUAUACACCACAAGUGGGCAAAACCCCUGUCGUUUUCUCCUUUCCCACUUUUAGGAAUUUUUCCUGCUCUGGAUGCCCUUGCUCUGCCCUCUACCACUGUUUUGGGUCAAUAUUCAAAAUCCAGCCUGUCUUUCGAUUCUUUCUUGACUGCCCCACAAGAUCCUCCUUAUAUUGUUGAUGUGGGAACCUCAAUAUAAGGGAACCUCCUUAUAUUGUUGAUGUCUCCACUUACUGGCCCAAGUCGUCCCUCCAUUCUCUUCAUCAUAAGGUGGGAGACUUUCAAGGCCCUCAGGAGAUGAUGUCAGAAGCUGAUGUACAGGGUCAGGUCAAGGCUAAGAUGUGUUCAGAUGUUUCUUUUCUCCUGCCUGCUCACUGUCUGCACAGGGCAUGGGCUUUGCUGACCAAGCAGCAUCUGGUGAUGAGAGCAGCUUUGUCUCGUCUGUCUCCAGCCCUUGGCCCAACUUGGGGUGGGUAGUAACUGCCUGGGGCGGGGGUGGGGCUGGUCUGGCCCCACUCUUGUUAGUUGCCCUGGGGCAAAACCUGGCAGUUCGCUAACAUCCAAGCAUAACUUCCUAUCUUCAUUUGCAGCAGAUUUGUCUUUAUGUCCAUUGGGACAUUGGAGACACCCUCACCUAUUCUUUAAUAGAACAGUGCCUUUAAAUAAAGAGCUCUUGCCCUAAACCUUCCACAGGUACUAUAUUAUCUCUUUGUUCCGUUUAUUUGCUGGAAAAGUGCCCACUGACCAGUCCACCGUGUCCAGUCUUCUUAAGUAGCCUGUCAGCCUGUGGAGACCAAGCUGGGAGCACCGGGAGCUUAGGUGCUCGGCAAACACCCUAGACCACAGGUAGAGACCACAAGUGCCAGACAGACCUCUCUUGGCAGGGCUGCUGCGAAAGGUGGGAUUUGUCCCUCUUGUCCCCAAGUUUACUGGGUACUGUGAUUUUUGAACAUUUCCUUUUAGGUGUAUUCUUAGGAAGGAAAUGACAUCUCUUUGUGACCUCAUGCUGUGGAGUCCCCGGCUCUGAUCUUGUAUCUGGUUGAAUGUAAGUGACCUGGUCCAUGAGCAGUGGAGGAAUUCAAAGUGUAAGUAUGUGUACACAUCAAGAUGUAGUAUUUUUUGUUUAUUAUACUUAGCUGAAACCUUGGUUCAUUUGUUCCAAUAAUUCUGCCUGAGAUAUCUGUUAGGUGGUUUGUGAUCUCUUAAAAGGCUUUUAAAAUAGUGGUUGUACUCAGUUAUCUGGUUAUUUGGUCUGUUGGGGAAAUAAUUAAAACCCAAAUCUGCCAACCCCCAAAUCUCACAAAAGCAGAAGAAAAAGAAAAGCAGUUAAACUGGAAUGCAGUGAGCUUCACAGACAACCUGCUAAAGAGAUCGCAAAGGCAGAAAGAAAUCUCCCUCUUUUCUCCAGCCAGGCCCGAAGAACCCAUGUCCACGUGGUCUCAAGAUAAAUGAUAAUGUGUCGCACAUGGUUCAUGCUACUUACCUGGCACUUGGGGCGGCUGUUUGUGUUAGCCAAUCACCUUUAUCCAAAGGGAAAAUAGACCUCUGUGUUGGUGACAGGACUGCAGCAGGACAUCAGCUGCCAAAGUCAGGCACUUGGCCAGGCCCCUGCCCUUCCUGAGAUUGGGAAAUAGGGGUGUAUCUUCCCGAUGAUUUCAAAGAGAUAGCUCCUAGGUCCUUAAGAAAGAUGUUUUGGGGUGGGAAGCUGGACGAAGCUUAUUUAGCUUUAGAAGAGAUUUAUACGUAUCUCAAAGGAACAGAGAAUGUACGGUUGUGGGUUUUCGGAAGUAAAUACUUUGCAAAGAGGAGUCGGGAGUCUUUUUCCCUUUUUCUGCAUGAGGGAGAAUUUUUUUUUUUCUUAGUUUUAGUUUGUAUUUGCCUGUACUGGCCUCUGAGCUCAUGCAUAUUCCUCUAGAGUGUUAGCUGCUCUCCUGCACUCUGGGUAAUUUGCACUAGGGGAGGGCUGAGGCUGCACCUUUGAAGGGGAGGAGAGGGGAGGGGCGCCAGGGCCGACAACGUGGACCCUGCAGAACACACAGUGCUGUCCCACCACCCCCUCAAGCAUCUCCUGCCGUCAAGGGUCGGAGACCCUGAGCAGCAGGUGUGGACAGCGUCCUUGUACGGAGGGCUGUGGGAGGUGACGAAGGGCAGCCCUUGUCAUCUCUGCGGCCCCUUCACUCUGCAGGGAUUUUGAUCUUGGAAGUGUGGCCCGGGCUGUCCCUGCUGGCUUCUGAGGGAAAGGGCAGGCAGUUUUGUCCUGGCGCGCACCGAGAGGCACCACGGGGAAGGUUCCUCACGCCUCCUCGCUGUCGUGGAUGUGGCUCCCCCCGCCCCGCCUCAGACCCACACGGGAGCCUUAGUCUUCCCCCAGGGCCUCUCUUCUUACUGUUUCUGUUAGUUUCUCUGAUCUAGGCUUUCUUUUCACUGCAGGGCUGGUUUUGGAGUAGAAAGCCAGCACCCCAGGCUGCUUCACCAUCUUGGUCUAACAGCCAUUUUCCCUUUACCAUCCUGCCUAGAGAUAAGUUGCAUUUUACUCUGUAGCACCUGUGUCCCCGGGAAAUACUGCUGCAGAUUGAACGAGCCAAGGUUAUGUUCCUGAACUUUGUUGACCUCUGCAGAGCAUUUGGUGGGGUGACGCUCCUCUGGGGAUGUUUGGCCGAACCAGUGAGACGUGUGGCUUUCACGUGGCGUUCUCGGGUGCGGGCCAGGGCUGCAAGUGUGCUGUGUGGCGCAGACCCGGCCCAGAUGCAGUCUGGCCCAGUCGAGACUUCCGCCCUGUUUCUUACCCACUAAACCCGAUGGGCGUUGUCAGGAAGAGAGAUCCGAGAUAGGGUCCCGGAUUAAUGACAUCAUCUAAAAUGAAAUUCCACUGCAUCUCCAGGGCAUGGCUCUGAGGAACAAGAUAACUCAUGUGAGAUAAAAAAGAAGAGGCCUCAGGACUAGGGGUGCAUUCUCAGUGUACAGACAUUUGACCAGAGGCCUCUCUCCAGAGCAUCAGAACAGAGCAGAUUUUCCAAGCAGCUGAAAAUGAUCAAAUCACAGAUCUCAUUUGAGGAUGUGGCUGUGGACUUCACGUUGGAGGAGUGGCGGCUACUUAAUCCUACGCAGAAGAACUUGUACAGAGACGUGAUGCUGGAGAACUAUAGCAACCUAGUGUUCUUGGGUUAUCAAAUUAUCAAGCCUCAUGGGAUUUUCAAGCUGGAGAAGGAAGAGCCAUGGAUAAUAGAUGAAGUUCUAAGUCAGAACUUUUCAGAAGUCUGGCUAGAUAACAAUCUCAAAAUGUGGCACCAGGAUAAUCAAGACGAGCUUAGAAGUAUGGAGAGAGGCGAUGAAUGUGAUGUUUUUAGGAAAAUAUUUCAUUCAAGCAUUAACUUUGUUCAUUUAGCAAUGAGACCCCAUAAAUGUGGCACAGGUGAAAAACAUUUGAAACAUCGUUUUGAGUUUCUUAUUUCAAAAAAUAACCUUGGAAGAAAGAAACUUGAUGAGCUCAGUAAGAAAUUUUUAUUCUACAUCAAACCUGAUAGAACCCAUGGUGGAAUAAAAUACUGUGAUUGCAAUACAUGUAGAAAGGCCAGCAGUAGAGAGUCGUGGCUCAUUGCAGACCAUAUUACACAUACUGGAGUCUAUUUAUGCAUGGAGUGUGGCAGAGUUUUUAAUAAGAAGUCACAGCUUAUUAUACAUCAGAGGACUCAUACAGGAGAGAAGCCCUAUGGAUGCAGCGAAUGUGGAAAAGCCUUCUCACAGAAGUCAUUGCUCACUAUUCAUCAAAGGACUCAUUCAGGAGAAAAACCAUACGGGUGUGGUGAGUGUCAGAAGGCUUUCAGUAGGAAGUCAUUACUCAUUUUACAUCAGAGAACUCAUACGGGAGAGAAGCCCUACGGAUGCAGCGAAUGUGGAAAAGCUUUCAGCAGGAAGUCACAGCUCAAAAGACAUCAGAGGACGCAUACUGUCGAGAAACCAUUUGGCUGCAGUGACUGUGGGAAAGCUUUCUCCCAGAAAUUAAAGCUCAUUACACAUCAGAGAACACAUACAGGAGAGAAACCCUAUAAAUGUGGUGAUUGUGGGAAAGCCUUCUUUUGGAAGUCCCAGCUCAUCACUCAUCAGAGGACUCAUACGGGGAAGAAACCGUAUGCAUGUAAUGAGUGUACCAAAGCCUUCAGCAGGAACUCACUCCUCAUUAGGCAUCAGAGGAUCCACACAGGAGAGAAACCCUACGAAUGCAGGGAGUGUGGCGAAGCCUUUGUCCGAAAACCACAGCUCGUGAAGCAUCAAGUAACUCAUACAGGAGAGAAGAACUAUCAGUGCAGUGACUGUGAAGAAGCAUUCUUUAAGAAGUCAGAGCUAAUCAGACAUCAAAAAACCCAUUUAGGGGAGAAACCCUAUGGAUGUGUUGAAUGUGGAAAAACCUUCUUUGGGAAGUCACAGCUCCUGACGCAUCAGAGAACUCACACUGGAGAGAAGCCUUAUGAGUGCAGUGAGUGUGGGAGAGCCUUCACCCAGAAGUCAAGCCUGAUAUCACAUCAGAGGACGCACACAGGAGAGAAGCCCUAUGAGUGCAGGGACUGUGGGAAAACCUUCAGCGAGAAGUCAAGCCUUGUUCAUCAUCAGAGAACCCAUACUGGAGAAAAACCCUUUGAAUGUAGCGAGUGCAGGAAAGCUUUUGCCUGGAAGCCACAGCUUCUAAGGCACCAGAGAAUUCAUACAGGGGAGAAACCUUACGAGUGCAGUGAAUGUGGGAAAGCCUUUGUUCAGAAAGUGCAGCUCAUUAAGCAUCAAAGAAAUCACACAGGAGAGAAAACCUAUGGGUGCAGUGAGUGUGCGAAAGCUUUCUUUGAGAAGGCACAGCUCAUUAUACAUCAGAGAAUUCACACAGGAGAAAGACCCUAUAAAUGUAGUGAAUGUGGGAAGUCUUUCACUAGAAAGUCACACCUUAUGAGGCAUCAGAGAAUUCACACAGGAGAUAAAUACUAUGGAUGCAGUGAGUGUGGGACUGCCUUCAGCAGGAAGUCACAGCUCAUGGCUCAUCAGAGGACUCAUGUAAUCUAGAAACCGCAUGAGUGCCGUGAAUAUGGGAAAUCUGUCAGACUGAUAGGAGAAAUCCUGUCGGUGCACUGAGAAUGCAGGUCCCACCCAGCAGAGUUCAGAAAGGAGGGAGGUAUUUUUACGUAGACAGCGUAAGAGCCUUCUCCUGAAACACACAGCUUAUUACACGUUAAUGACUUGUUGGUGUGGAAGUCUUAUCAGUAUCCUAGUAGUGCAGAACCUGGUAGUCAGGAGUGACAGCUUCUCAUCAGAGGACCUAAACAUGAGGAGAAACUCAGUCGUUGUAAAAAUUGAGUGGGGGGUUUCGUCAAUAAGGAUAAUUCGUGGUACACUAGAGAAGACAUAUGCAAAGGAAAUACUGAGCAUCUUGAAUUAGAGAUUUCAGUAUGAAGGAGAAGUCCUAAUAGUUUGGAAGAAUUCUGGUAAGCAUGAUUCUAUCGAAAUAAUCCUAUAGAGUUGUGUUGUAUAUAAGUUACAAAAGUAGUUAAUUUUAAGUGGUAGCUGUGUUUUAAGUGUGAAGUUAUGCUUUCUGCUGUGGUGAUGCGGCAAGGGCCAGAUUAAUCCCCUGCCUUGAACAGCUAGAAACUGUAAAAUGUAUAUGAAAUAACGGUUUCGAGACCUAUGACAGGCGGAAGUGUGUGAUCCCUGGCAGAAGGUGUAGAGAGUGAGGUGAGCCCAUAAGAGCCCAGCCUGGUGCCUGGUGCCAGUUCCCAGGCUGCAGAUCAGGGAAAGGAACAAAUGUGGUCUUGCUGAAUCAAAGAGAAUUGCUGAAUUGGCAUUUGGGGAGGCCAGAGUAGCUAGAGUUUGCAGGGAGUUGUACUGGAGAGGAGGGAGCUUCCCAGAGAGAGGGCUGCAGAAAUCUACAAGGAGGCCGCUUAGUCUUUUGGCUUAGUACUGAUUUGCACAUGUGUGACCAGAAAUUUCCUGAGUCCAGGAAAAGUGCUGGAAAGCAGUCCGCCAGACAGUUCCCAGAAAUCAAUGUAGGGCUGGGAAUAAAAUUCCCACCACCUGAAAUGGCAACGACUUCUAACACAUGGGGCAUCAGGUAGGAUUCCCAGCAGAGUAUUAUCUUGGUAGUGAAGUAAUUAAUCCUAGAUCGAAAGCUAGUCUGGACCCACAAUGUCUGGCAUCCAAAAACAUAGCUGGCAUACACAGAAGCCAUGAGAAUACGACUUGUAACCAGGAGAAAAAUCAGUCACUAGAAAGAUACAGAAAAAAUGGAAGCAGUUGACAUUAAAUAAGGAUAUUCAAAUAGCUUUUAUAGAUGUACGGGAAAACAGGAAUGUGACAGAUGAAUUGGAAGAUGUAUUUUUAAAAGCCUGAGUGGAACUUCUCAGGAUGAAAACAACAAUAUCUGAAAAUUAAAACAAAACAACAACUUUGGAUGGAAUUAGGAGCAGAUUAGACAUAGAAGAUCAAUGAACUUGAGUGAAAAUAAAAACUGUCCAACUGAUGGACACAGGAAAAAAAAGACUCGAAGAAAAGACAAUAGGGAGUUGGUUACAGCGAGGCACGUGUAUGCGCAUGGAGUCCUAGAAGGACAGGGCAGAGAAGAGGCCUAAGAAAGUAUUUGAGUAAAUAACAGAUGAAAUUUUUACACAUAUGAUGAAAAAUGUAACUCCACAUACUCAAGAAGUUCAAAGAACCUCAAGAUCAUGAAGAAAGUCCUGCUGAUGGACAUCAUAGUCAAAAGGAUAAAACCCAAUGAUAAAGAGAACAGUUGUAAAGCACCCGGAGAAAGACAGGAUACUUGCACAGAACAGAGGACCACACACACUUGUGGUCAGAAACUACUCGAGCUGGAACACAACGGAGUGAGGGACAGACAACUUUACAUAAAACCCCCACCACCUGCCGUUUGUCGAUUUCCCAUCAAAAACAUCUUUCAAAAAUGAUAGCAAAAAAAAAAAAAAAGUUUCUCAGAGAAACAAAAUGAAAGAGACUUUAUCUAUAGACCUUAUUUGAGGAAACACUAAAGCAAGUUUUGGUGCGGCAAGAAAAUCCUAGGUGGAGAUGAGGAUCUACAGGAAGAAAAGAGGAGCUCUGGAAGUGGUGAAUAUGUGGGUAAAUAUAAAAGAUCUCUUUCCUCAUUUAAGAGUCUUUUAAAAUGGUAAUUGACUGCUUAAAGCCAAAUAAUGUAUUGUGGGUUAUGAUGUCUUUAGAAGUAAAGCGUAUCUCAACGACAACACUUAAGUGUGAAUCUUCAGAACUAGUUAAAUAGACUGCAUCCUCUGAGUCAGAAACCUGCUUCCCCAGGGCUCAGGGCAACUUGUGUGUGUAGCAGCCACACAGUAGAAUGGCACAUGUGACGGACGUGUGUAUGUGCUGCUCGUUCUCCACAUCCCCCCCCCCCCUCCCCGGCUCUGCACCCCCAGGGGCUGUCCCCUAGGGACGGCCUCACCAGGGAUUGUGCUUAGGUUUGAACACGGGAGGUACUCAGUCAGCGGGCGGGAGGAGAGAGGUUGGAACACUUAACCCCACGCCCCUGCCUGGACCUCGGUGUGAGUGGUGGGUGUGAGUGGUGUCUGUGCCCGAAGGGCUGCAGCACACCCUCCCCCCCUCCCCCUGCUGCCCUCCUGGGGCCAUAGACCGUUUUUCAGUUAACGCUUCCUUCUCCUUGCUCUUCACAAUUUGGGGUGUUAACUAUUUCUGGGUGCUUACCUACCUCUGGUUGGUUUGGGUUUCCUUAAUUCAGAACACAUACCUGGACAUGGUUCCUCUAGUGAAUGUUCUUAGGUUAAUAUUUUGCGUGUAGCACUUGUUUUCUGUGCCAGGUGUUAAACGAGCAUUUAACACAAUUCUGAGAAUCAGUUACUGGGACAGAAUCAGUUACUGGGACAUGUGCCUCGUCGGGCAUAGACUGACAUCUGUCAAGACUUCCCACACUAAAUAUCAGUAUUUUCUCUCUGUUUUUAACCAAUUCAGUAGAAAUUAUAACAAGUAACAAAAUUCUUUGUGUUUUUUUGUUUUGCUUCAAAUCUAAAUGGCUCCAUAGGUUGUUGUCUGCUACAUACCCAGUGGUCUUGCACUUACACUAACUCUUGAAACCAAAACAUUUAUGAAGUCUUAUGCUACCUCUCGAUUAGCCAAGCAAUUUACAACAAAAAGAAAAAAAAAUGUCAUUUAUGUUCAAUACGUAUGGACAAGGAAAAAGUUUCUGAGUAAGGCAGAAGGGAAUGAUGCUUCAUACUUCCUAGCUUGUCAUUUAGGAACACUGUGCUGUGCAGUUAAAAUGUCCUCAUUCCAUAGUCUGUUGCUUUUUAUUACAUAUAAUCUAUGUAAUCUGUAACCCCCACACAAGACUUCCAUGUCAGUGGGUCAGCAUUACUACAAUCACUUCAGGGGCCCCACCCCAGUAAUAAGUUAGGAUGAAAUAAACCACCAAAGAGGCCCAACAUAGCAGCACCGUCCUGUCAUUUGUCGAAUACAUCUUAAGACUUCAUUUCACCUUUCUGUACCCUCUCUCACCUAGUCUGGUAACCACUUUUGAAGGGAAGUAUUGCAUCAGGCUGCACAGCUGUAUUUUCUUUUUCUUUUUUUAAUUUUUUUAAUGUUUAUUUCUGAGAGAGAGACAAAGCAUGAGUGGGGAGAGGCAAAGAGAGAGGGAGACACAGAAUCCGAAGCAGGCUCCAGGCUCCGAGCUGUCAGCACAGAGCCCGACACAGGGCUCGAACCCACAAGCCGUGACAUCAUGACCUGAGCCGAAGUCGGACGCUCAACUGACUGAGCCACCCAGGCACCCCUGUAUUUUCUCUCCCAUUUGUGUUUGCAUUUCGAUCUGCAUUUUGAAGAAGCUUUUCACGGAGGUGUUCCUUUUGGUACAACCCCAACGGCACCAUUCACAGUGUAGUCUGUGCCAGUAAACUUGUGUAUAACUCUGAUCCUGUCUUUAAGGAAUUAGCUAGUAAAUGUAAUAAAUAUUUCAAGGCUUGGGCACAACUGGACUAGCACUGUGACAGUCAGCUGUGGCAGUGUCUGCAACAGUGCCGUGUGCCCUCUAGGUGGCAGCACAUAAGCCUAACAGCUUUUCCCUCCCCACCCCUUUGUCAUGCUGAAGGGUCAGGCCACACUCACUCUCCUUAUCUUAGAAAACUUCAUCUCAUCAUGUCUGUCUGCAGCAUAGACACAGGCAGUGUAAGUUCUUGUGACCAGCUCACAAGCAUGAUCAGUAGCUAAGUUACGAGGCGCCUCCCAGCGUGGCUCACCCCACCUGUGGACUUGGUGGUGCCAUCUGGUAACUUUAUUUUCUUUGGGGGUCUUUGUAACUUAGGUCACAGUGACUACUCAUUGAAUCCAGGUAGUCUGGACAUCUUGCCAUUGAGCCUAUUCCUUUCAGAUGCUAAGAUUAAAUAAACCUGGGAACACCAACUUUAUUGCAUAACUAAGUCAUUAUACAUAGAUAUUUUACAACACCUAAAUCGUUAAAAGUGCCCAACAAAUAGUGUAGCUAUAGAAGCAGCCACUGGUAAGAUAAGAGAGAAAUACAAAUGAAGUGACAUUUGUAAUUAGAUUCUCAUUUAAAGCAUUGCUAUGAUUCCUAGGAUUAAAAUUAUUUACAAAAAACCCACAUCAAGCUGAGAUUCCCAAGAAGAUGGGGAAGCAGAUUAACUUCUAGCAUUUGUUAGAGAACGGUUAUGUUAAGGAAGCAUAUUAAACUACCACUGCAGCCAUUGGAAUGGCUGUGUGGCUUUAUCUCCAAACCAUGGUGGCCACAGGGCCGCUCUAAGUGCAUGAACAAGUCAUAUAUACUUAUUCUGUUGUAUGUGUUUGUACAGAGCAGAAUGUGUCAGGCAAUGACAUCUGAGAUCUGGGCCAGCUGUGCCUCACACACAAGGACAGGGCAGACAGCUAAUGAACAAGGUCAGCUGUUGUCCCUUUGGUGAGAAGCAGUCUGUAAGUUGCUGGCAUGUGUUUCCACUGCCUGCUGCACCUGGAGAGCAAAGGCGCCUGUGGGAGCUGUGGGAGCUCAGACUGGUGCACACACAUCUCUCUGCUGUGCUUGAAAAGAAAAUCUCUGUACCUGUAUGUUUACUGAGUAAACUGUUGAAUGAAUUAA